AUUAUGUGAUUUAAGCUGCUGAGAUGUUUAUUAAUUUGGUUUUGGUUUUGCAGGAAACAUUCCAAAGGGGACAGGAAGUCCAAGAGAGUUUUUCGAACCUUUCAACCGGGAUAAUACCUUUACCGAGAGGUAGCAGGGGUCCAAAAAGUUUGUAUCUUAAAAGGGACGGGCAAAAUUUUGGUUUUACGCUUCGGCAUUUUAUUGUUUACCCUCCGGAUGGUAUUGAGGAUCAAGAUGACAGGCACGCAUUGGUGGGGGCUCUGCACGAGCCCAUGGACACCAUCUUCGUGAAAAAAGUGCACCAGGGUAGUCCGGCCCAACGUGGAGGCCUUCAGUACGGAGACCGUCUCGUGGCAGUCAACCACGUGCAUAUCAAAGGGAAAUCCUACACUCAAGUUGUGCAGCUUAUUGCGAACAGCCCAGAGUACCUGCAUUUGCUGGUCGUUCCCAAAGAGGACGACGUCAUACAAAGAUUCUUUUCCGACACCGCGCACUGUCCGGCCAGCAAUCAGCCGGCCAGCUAUCCGGAAUCGCCUUACGAUAAGGUGACUGCGCAGAAGAUUAUCGCUCAGCGCAUCCACCCUAACGAGUACCGCGCAGACCCUCAGUCGUGGCGCGCGUUGCAGCAGCUCAGGCAACCUUACUACCAUCAUCCGGAGUACGGGAAUUUGGUGAGAGGGUCAAACGUGCAGCAACAGCGGAGUGCGGAUAGUUUACUUUACGACUACAGAUCUCGAAUUCCGGCGUCGCAUCAACAGGGAAUCUACGAGGAAAUCCAUCCCCAUGAGGUCGUUCAGCGGCAACAGCAGCAGCACUCCAAAGCGCAGCCGCAGGUGCCGUUGUACCGUAAGAUGGGCCGUCGCGCCAGCGAAGGAAACGCACUGGAAGACGACGCAGCAGCGCCCGCGCAAUACUACUACGACGAGCAGCCCGUCUACGCCGGUCUGAACCGGGCCGACAUGAAGGCCGCCUACAAGUCCGCUUACAUGCCGGAAGCCUCGCAAAUGGCCGGGGGGUGCCGGUUGAGCAUGGAGGUGGGCAGGAGGGAGUCGACGUCCUCCCUGGCUUCGUCGUCGUCCACCCUCACGGGGCACGAAACGGACGACUCGAAGAUCAUCGAGAGAAUACGCAACAGCUUUCAGCAGAAGGAGAAGUUCCUCAGGGCGCCGUUCGGCAUCGCCGAGCGCGGCCUCGUGCAGCGGGAGUUCUACGGCAGGCCCAAGAAGUUGGAGAAGACUCAGUGGCCGCCGGCGGAGGAAUCGCCCACGAGGACCACCAACAAACCCAAUCAUCAGAACUUCGUGCGGGUGAAAAACGACAUCGAGAACGAACGAGAUUUACAGCAACCGUCGAUGCAAAACGCCGGGGGCAUGGCGAACGAUUUGACCCCCCGCCAAAAAGGGGUCAAAUCACCCAACGACAAGAAUUACAGAGACAAUCUGGACAGGAUACAGGAAGCGUCUGUAGCUCCAUCUGGAUAUGACAAUAUAGAAAAUAUUAAUGGAUCGCAGUCUGCAGAUGAUGAUAGAGGGUUGUACCCGCACAUCGUGCACAAGCGUACGCGCGACUUCGAGAGCGGCAAGCCUCUGCCCGACGACGACCCCAUGAGCAACCGCAUCGACUUCAUGCGCAACGAGCUGGCCCGGAUCAGCUCGAAGAAGCUCGUGCCGAACGUGAACGAGCGCGCGCAGGAGUACGAGGUUCGCGCGGUGGAGCCCCGAAGGGACAACAGCGGCACCUCAACCAACUCCGGCAGCACCGUGCACAGCAGGAAGGUCAACAGGGACGCCAGGUCGCUGGACAGCUCAGGCAGCAAUACGAGCAGUAGCAGUAUUCACGACGAUCUGAGCGUUCAAAACUCGGGCGGCGGUAAAAAGCUUAGCGGAAAUGUAAUUAUUUCCAGCGGAAGCAAGUAUAUACACUGCCCACCGCCUUCGGAACAAGGCAAAUCACCCGCAGACAUAUCAGGAUACGAGUUAAUUAAUAAGCAGCGUGCUCGGUCCAAUUCUGCGGAAUCGUGGGUGGCCGCUUUAGGGGGCGACGAUCGCGCCCCCAAGCGGGAAUCGAAGCGAAUCAGUCGACAAGAUGCGAUGACUGCUGCAGAUAGAAACAAACAAGCCGUCUCGCCUAAUCUGUCGCCGCAACCCCUGUACGCCGAUUUGCCGCCCCUGAUACCCGAGCCGGUCGAGCGCCUGUUCUUGGCGCCCGCCGUCUCGAUAACGCCCGCCCCCCCGUCCAAGCCCGUCGGACCGAACCAGUUGGAUCUGGAAGUGGGCGGCGACGGCGGGCCGGUGCGCCCUCUGCGCCACCUUAAGGCGCCGCCGCACGCGAACCAAGACAGCCCGCUGGGGCGCCAGCCUUCGCCAGUUUGGGAUGAUAAACCCAUUGUGGUUAGGCGAAGGUCUAAAAAUACUAAUAUAGCUGAUGAUGAACGUGUAACUCGUAGAGAAUCUUAUCUUAAGGCUACAGAGGGCGGAAGAGUGGAUUUCCGCAUAGAACACAGCGAUGGGGAUGUUUCUCCUCAACAAUUAAGAAGCGGGAGCGUGAGCGAGAAUAGCAGCAGCAGCGUGUCCUUGGACAGAGACAAGGUCCUCGAGAGUCCCUCCGACAAGGACCAUCCUUCGCAGCAACAGCAACUUUACAUCACGAGGGAGGGAAGUGUCUUGUGCAAAAUACUCGAAAUUGAUGGAAAGCGCGCCACCGAUAGGUCGUGGAAACAAGUUUGGGCCGUUCUUAAAGGACCCAGGCUGUUUCUCUACAAAGAUAAACAUCACCAGAGUCCAUUAGGAAGCUCGGACGUUGUGGAUCAUUCGUUGGCAGCCGGCGUCGACAUGCGUACGAGCGUUGUGCGCGUCGCUGAGGAUUACACCAAGAGGAAAAACGUCCUCAGGGUGUCCAGCGUGAAACCGUGCAGAUCCGAGUUUUUGGUGCAAACCGAGGAACUGGGCGACUGGGUCACGGCUCUGCAAGAGCAGGUGGCCACCACCACGGAGGCCGAGGCCAAACUGAACCAUCUUAAUGCAAAUCAGCAGGCGGUCCCUCAGACCAACCCGGCCAGCACUACCAUACAAGUGCAAGGCAGCCAUCUUUCGCCGCAGCUGGGCAAAAACAAGAACUCCUCGUCGAGAAACAGAUCGCCGACGGGGCAAUCCCCGGUGAGCAAAUCUCGCAAGCCCUCGCACAACCAGGACCCGGCCACCAGCCCGAAAUCGAAAACCUGGGCGGGUAGGAUGCUGAAGAAGUUUCAAGGUGCCAACGCGGCCAGUUCGCCCACGGAAUCCAUGUCCACUUUCGGGAUUCCCAUAGAGAAUUGCUUGUGUGGUAACAAUCGGUACAUACCCAAAGUGGUGGAGACUUGCACCAAUAUUGUGGAAGAGAAAGGUUUAAACACCAUCGGGAUAUACAGAGUGCCUGGCAAUAACGCGUCCAUAACGGCCUUAACAGAUGAGAUCAACAGGUCGGACGAUAUACCGAUGGAGGAUACGAGGUGGAACGACGUUAAUGUUGUUAGCAGUAUAUUGAAGUCGUACUUCAGAAAAAUGCCGGACUCUCUUAUAACGGUGAAGCGGUAUCCCAGCUUCAUCGAAGCCGACAAAAUCGAAGACCCCGAGAUGAGAAUGAUGACCUUGAGAAGGUUGGUGAAGAGUUUGCCUGCGCACAACUACGAAACCUUGAAGCACAUCAUAAGGCAUCUAAACAAGGUCAUAGAGAAAAGCGACGUCAACAAAAUGGAUCCGAAGAAUCUGGCCAUCGUUUUCGGACCGACGAUAAUACGCAGCGAGAGCGAUUCGAUGGAAAGCAUGGUCAACAACAUGACGAACCAAUGCAAAAUCGUGGAGACCCUCCUGACAGGCGCGGACUUCUUCUUCUCGGACUGCGACGAUUUGGAGCAUGCAAUGUUGCCGCCGUUGGCGGUCCCCGACGACACCGAGUACAUCGAAACCGGCAACCCCGCCUUGCUGCUGGAAAACAUCGCCAAAGUGGCGACGUCCGGCGGCGGAAAGGAGAAGUUCCUCUCUUCCAUCAUCAGCGCCGCGCAGCGCAAGAAAAAGGCGUCCAAGCAGAUGGGAUCGUCGCACUCCAAGGAGGAAGUCACGACGCCCACGAGUCCCAAGUCGUUCGCGCAACAGGUUACCACCGUGGGUGGGAUGAAGGAAGUCGGUUGCGCCGCGACGGCGCCCAGCAAGUUUAACUACAUACCGAAACCGGUUACCGAUUUUGAGGCCAGCAUGAGCGCCGAAGAGAAGCUGAAGGAACGGCUCAACAAGUUUCAUCGGGAUACAGAGAAGUUUCUCUCUACCAGUGAUGAUGCCCGCGUGAGAGGUGGAAACCUGAGCUCGUCGGCCUCGAACGUGAACCAAACGUCGCGCCUGUCCCUGCAACCGGCCGACAUGCUGAUGAAAACGCACAGCGCUUCGAACGUGUACGCGCGCAUGUCCACCGCCGCCCAGGGCGCCGCCAACGUCGACCCGCAAACGAGAAACAGCUUGAACUCGAACUACCGCAUGGCGGAGACGGCGCAGCUGCAGCAGCAGAGCAACGAGCAGCUGCUGAAGCGGCUGAACAACGCGAGCGUCGACUACUGCGACGGUAGGGGGCGCGUGCUGCGCAGGGGCAGCUCCGUCGAGAACGUCAACUCGAGUUCCUUGGACCUGAACGCCAACGGAGGCAUGAAAAAAGUCAAGUACGAGAACGAGAGUGAGAUGAAUCAGAGGUCUGGAUCUUUGGAUUCUUUGAAUAAGCAAUCUGCUGAUGGAGACUCGGACCUGUUGAGAGACCUGACGAAAGCGUACGACCAAAUAAAGCAGAAGCACUCUCAGCACAACCUGUUGUCCGGCCACGACCUACCGUACGCGGACGCGUCGCCGGACAAGCCUUCGGCGGACUGCGGCGGGCUGUCCGACAAGGAGAACAUUCCGGGCGCGAAGGACCUGUACAAGAACCCGAGCCUGCACAAGAACCACCACUUCAAGCUGAAGGAGGUCAAGUACAAGGACAAGGAGAAGGACGAGGACACGACGGCCACCAUGCAACACGUACCUGACAACGAGCGCAACCUGGCGGCGCACAACAACAAGCUGAAGCUGAAGCUGAAGCGCUCCGAGUCGCUCAACAAGCCGGAGCGGACGGCCGCGCAGCUCAGCUGCAAGCUGAAGCGGUCCGAGUCGCUGAACAAGGCCGGGGAUCGCUUGAAGCGGUCCGACAGUCUGACGAAGAACGAGAAGACCGAGAGCAACAACAACAAGCGGAGGGAGCUGUCCACUGGCGGCAGGAAGUCCAAGGAGAACGCCAAGUACAAGAGGAAAAACGGGAUGCCCGAUAGGUCGAUCAAAAGAAGGCACACUGUUGGAGGUACCAAAGACCCCGACAAGGUGACCUACUUCCACGACAACAAGUGUCAAGAGGAAGAAUCGUCGACGGUGGAAUCCUCGAAGGAGAGAUCGACAAACCUGCGCACUAGCUCCCCGGACCUGAGCUCGACGCGGCGCGAACGCCUGUGCCUGGAAAUCAACCUGGUGGGCGGGCCCGAGAACAUGGUGGUGGCCCUCAGGCAGCACUUGGUGGGCCCGCGGCCCCAGAGCUUUCCCGACUCGGUGUUCAAGGUCCCGCUCGAAUCUCACGUCUAGCAAAAUUCCUCGUGCCUUAGUGGUCCAGCGGAGUUCCUCGACAUUUGCGAGAAAAUAAUGGGGUAGUUAAAUUUUUUCUGACCUAUACUUUUUAUGGUUUUAUUCAAGGCGUUUUGUAAUAUUAAACGUUUCUGUGAAAUCGGAAUUUCAAUCGAGUUUACCGUUUUCGAGAUAUUUACAAAAAAUAUAAAUUUUUAUGACGUCACAAACCUCGCCAUGUGACCAACAUUCUAAGAUUUCUAUUGGUUGAAAAUUACCCUGAUGUCAAGUUGUCUUGUUAAUGAUUUCAUUCGGUUAUGUCAGAAAAUACCCGAAGAGGUUAUGUACAAAUACUGUCACUGUCAGUUGAGUGAAAGAUGGUCACCAAAUUCAUUAAGUACCUAUCUUCCUUAUUACGAGGUAUCAUAUUACUGUUUGAUAUUUCAGAGUCCAAGAUAUAUCUAAAAGAAUAUAAAGAACUAGGCAUUAUACCAAUGAAAUGCAUUUACGACAAAAUAUGAUUAUAAUUAUAGGUACUUACUUUAUUUGUUUAAAAGCUCCAAUGUUCAAUGUAACCAACCAUUCCACAAGAUUCUUCUGCUUUGGAGUCCGUUAUUAAUAAAUCAUUUAUCCAAUAUCAAUUACAAAUAACAUUGAUUUUCAAUAAUCUAAAUUUAAAAAAAACAUAACCCGAAAAAAAGAAACGUCAAAAAAUCAAUUCUUCUUCUCAACUAAAAUUAUAGAUCAAGUGGUUUUAAAACUAAAAUAUUAUAACGUGGCGCCAUCUAUCGUAAGAAUCUACUAACUAAACACACUGGCAACCAUAGAAAAAGCUGGCAACGUUGCCAAUAGCCUAGUGACGUAAUUAGGAGAUUUUUUUUUUGUAAAUAUCUCGAAAACGGUAAACUCAAUUGAAAUUCCGAUUUCACAGAAAUGUUUAAAAUUACAAAACGCCUUGAAUAAAACCAUAAAAAGUAUAGGUCAGAAAAAAUUUAACUACCCCAUUAUUAUCGAACUCGCAAACUGGGCUAUAAAUCGUUUGGGUAUGAUUUUAGACUUUUUAUUGAUUUGACUUGACUUGUGGCCUUUUCGCCGUAACCAGUAACAUCAAACUUACUUAGACUGAACGCGGAUGUACCAAAAUGUGCAAUAAUUCGACGAUGUACAUUGAUUUUUACAAAUUUGAGAAAUCUUAUGGUAGGUUUUAGUUAAUGUUAUGAUUAAUCUUUGAAAAAGACAGAAAUGUAAUUUCUUCGCGAUUUUGUGCGCAUUUAAUAAUUGUUUUAUCUAAUAUUUUUUGUUUCUGCUUCUUUAAAUGUAUGUGAUUCUAAAAAUAUUCCAGGUUCAAGCAAUUUAAAUUUGUGAUAAAAUAGAUUAGGCUUUGUACAUAUGACAUGUAAUUUCUUUCAAGUAAUACAAAAUUAAUUCUAAUAUCGCUUUUUUGUUUAUUAUUAUUAUUAUUAUUAUUAUUAUAUAAUAAAGCAAUUUAUCAUUUCUACAGUAUUAGCAAAAUACUGUGCCAAAAUAUUCUAUAUUAGAUAAUUUUAGCUAUACAAACAAACCAUAGCUAACAUGUAUAUAAAAAAUGUUUAUUUGCUUGUGAGUUGGUGUAAAAAAAGAAUGGUAUGUAAUUUAAAAAAAAACCUGUUUGUAUCUUGCCCCCGUUAUAUAGUUUUAAGAUGUUUUGUUGUAAUUUGUAAUUGUAAAUAUAUUUUCAAUUUAUAUGCACCUAACCAACAUUUUUUAUUUAAACCUUAAAAAAAUCUUUGAUUUAAAUAUUUUGAAGAAAA